CAGUUAUAACACUGACUUCGCAGCGUUGAAGUGCAGAACUGUCCCAUCAUGCCUACUCCGCACUCGAGAUUCGCUCUGGUGACGACUGCGUUUUUGUCGGCUCUGAUUGCCGCGCAGCUCAGGGCUCAGUCCUGCGUGAACUUGGUGCUGGACGACGACAGUACUGUGCGAAUGGCUCACGUAAACGUAAUAAAGCGGGCCAUCCUCUUCAAACUGCAGAUGACCCAAGAGCCAGAAAACCCGCGCAUCCCAAUCGACGUCCCGCUGGCCUUGGAGGAGGAAUACCGCGCCGUGAGCGUUGCGCAGAAGCUGGUGAGCGAGCAGCGGGCAAGCUGCGCGGAGCAGCCCGAUGUCCCGCUACAAUUGGUCCUUCUGCAUCCGAAAGAAGUCCUCCGACGAGACGGACACCACGGAACAGACGGUGAUUUUCCAUUGAGUUCAUCCCAAGCCCUUCAGUCUUCUAUUCACUUGCUGAGGUUUGACUUCAAUUUGAGUGACUAUGCCAUUUCGUCGGUGGAGCUGAGGCUAUGGUACCACAUUCUCAACAAGGAAAACGUCCGGCCGCAGGACAAGCAGUGGAUAAUAGUCUCAAACAUUUUCGAGGACAAUCCUCAGUACGAUGGGUAUAUUCCUGCUAUCUUCUGUGCCAGAGCUGUAGUCUCGUUAGAGAAAGACGGCUAUGUUAGCUUCAACAUUUCAAGAGUUGUUGAGCAGUUAAUUGCAGGGGACGUCACAACCGGAAGACUAUACCUGGAGGUCCAGGUGGAAAAGAUUGAUGAUAUUCAUCCUCCUGCAGUUGAGAUAGCCUACACUGAUAUCAAGGGACAUUACUCUAAGACGACUCAGCUGGUUCUGGGGGUUAACUCCAGGGACGACAAGAGGAGAAGGCGGCAGGUGGGAGGGAGAGUUGACCCUAGCUGCACGGCUGCAGCUACGCUGAAUUGCUGCAAGCGAGACCUGGUCCUGGACAUCCACCACGACCUCAACUGGUACUGGGUUCUUCGCCCACGGACCCUCCCCAUCAAUUUCUGUUCGGGGUUCUGCUCACUGAACUGGCCCACUGCCACUUACCACACUCUCUUGAGUCUGGUGUACUCUGCACAGCAGGAUAAUCCCACUGGCUCGCCCAGUCCAUGCUGCGUCCCUGACAAGUUUGCUUCGAUACCCUUCCUGAUUUUCAAUGGGACUACUAUUGAACUCAUUAGCAUAGAUGAUAUUAGCAUUGAAUCAUACGCAUCUCUCCCGGGCCUGGCGCUACCGGAGGCCUUUGCCUCUCUGGACAGUCGGCUGGAGUCUGUGAUGCAGCUGUCGGUGUCCAAGGGGUCCCCAGAGGCCCAGGUUGUAGGUCUCAUCACAGUCUGCGAAGAGCUGAAACAACUGCUCAAGUGUGCUUUCAUUGAGAACGGAAUGCUGGCCAGCCGAAUCGAGAUUCUCACUCGCUACCAAAUGGAGUCGUCCAAGAAAAUGGAGAGGAAGGUGGGUGACACAGUCGUGGAAAACAAAGUCACCCGCAAACACAUGAAAAGACUCAGGAAGAAGCUAAAUGCCCAGCUGGUGAUGCAGAAGAAGAAGGAGAGCAACUGGUGGGACAUGGCGGUGCGGACAACCGACUAUGACAGCUUUGUGACCCUUUCAAGGGCUGGCGGCUACCCUGACCUGGAGUUCAUGUUGAGAGUCAACCAACUCAUGAUCGACUUUGUCGGCGACUGCAACAGAACAGAACUGGUAUUACCACCAAUGGGCCUGGAAGAAAGACAAGAGGUAUCGAAGCUAGCCUCAAUCUACAAGCUGCGGUGUCGCUACGGCAGGAGUGUCCAGAUCGCACCGUCAACACUACUCAAGGCCAGGUACUUACGUAAAUAGCAGCCAGCCCACAGACGCACCAUGUGUUACCUGUACUCCCACCUUAUAUUGACUACCAAUCGCUAGUCAUACGGCGCAAAUAGCAAAUUUUUUUUUUUGCUUCUCGAUUCGUUUUGAGGGCACAAAAAAACAUUUGUGUGUGUCUGUAGUUGAUGCGUAAGAAUAUGAAGAUUGCGUGUGGCUUAUAUUUGCAUACAUUCACACUCUUUGAGAGUUAGGUUUGUUUUGAGGCCCCAUUGUUUUGCAAUGCUUGCGUGUCGGGGUGUUUGUGUUCCGAAGGAGGCGUGAUGAAACGCCUCAGACGGUUGUUGACAGGUGGUCGGAGUGCACUUGGGUGGCUGCUGUCCCCUCGACCACAUGUCAGGGGGUCCACUGUUGUGACUGACAGUACCUGUUUGUUAGCCCCACACCUAUGUAUGCCAACAGUGUCUUCUCUCAUAGACUCCCAACCAUGACCUCGACAGUUUGGCCUACAGCCUUCUCAUAUCACUAAAUAUGGGAGUUCUAGAGAUAGACAUGAUAUAUCUAGCAUCAUAAAUGUAUGCGA